AUGGCAGAUAAAAAAAAUUAAUUGCAAUAAGAAGAGCCUGAACCCCAACAGGAAAGUUUAUAAUUUAAACCAGGGGAGUACUUAGUGCACAUCCUGUUGCAAUAGACAAGAGCACUCUAAAAUCCAAAUGACAAUGAGAGUACAAUAGAUCCAUUAAUUCAAAUUGAAACCAUGGACUAGAAGAAAUUCAGUUCUCAAAAGAAGGGAACUGGAUCAAACAGCACUCUAGUUUGGAAUGAACAUUUCUAUUUCAAAAGAUCCUUUUCCAAUGGUUGGUAAAUUCAAUCAUAGCAUGUGAAAAUUUCAGUAUUAGAUCACAAAGUGUUUGGAAGGAAUGCAGUAGUUGGGAUCUACGAAUUCGAUUUCUCAACUAUUUAUAUGAUGGAUGAUCAUGUAUUGUUGCACAAGUGGUUGGUAAGGACAUCAAUUUAUUAUUGUUAGGGAUUGAUCAAUCCAGAGAAGGACUUCAAUAAAAUCACUGGAUAUUUGAAGAUCAGUAUCAACGUAGUGCAUGAGUCAGAUAAACAAACCACUUUAUUGAUGGAUAAUGAAAUUAAGGAGAGAGGCAAGAUAGAGGAAUCUAAAAAUAAUCUCUUUGCUGAAGGGGAAUUACUUUUACCACCUCAUAUCCAAACAAAGGGACAAUAAUUGAAAAUCACUUUAGGAAGAGCCACCAAUCUAAUGAAGAUGGAUUCGAUGUUGGGAUCCAUUGAUCCAUAUGUAGUUUUUGAAAUUGGUGGUUAAGAAAUUCAAACUGAUUUGAUUAAAAAUCUUAAUGCUCCAAUUUGGGAAUUGAAUCUAUUUUUGCCUGUGAUGACACCAUGCCAAAGCGAAUAUUUAAUAAUGAGACUGUUUGAUUAUGAUAUGGGUGGAAAAGAUGAAAUAGCCGGUAGUCAAUUAUUUAAAAUCUCAGACAUUUUAAGUGGCUAAUUACAAUAACCCAAAUGGUAUCAUAUAUAUGGAGCACACAUAGAUGCGAAUUCAGAAUAGAGAGUGUAUUUAUGCAGUCAUCCUGAUUUGGGAACUUGUUAUGCUGGUAGAAUAUUAUUAGCCAUGGAAUUGGUUGAUUCAGAACAACCUAAAAAGGACAAGCAAAAGAUAACCGAUUAGAAAACACUGGAAAAAAUACGGGCUGAUUUAUCAUAUUAAUGGUCAUUACAGUGUAUGGUCUACUUUGCACUCAAUCUACCUGCAGAUGAUGAUUCGUACUCUAUUAAAAUCAAAUGGGGUGAAAAUGAGUGCAAAACAAGUUCUGAAAAAGCCAAAAAUGGAGUCGUUGAAUUUUACAAAUACUUGACUAUUGACAACGUCAAGUUCCCUACUAAAGAUAUCGCAGAAUUGCCAGACGUCUUUAUUUAUCUGAUGGAUGGAGAUAAACCUAUUUGUUUUAAGAGAUACAAGUCAUUCAAUCUCAAUUCAAGUGCUGACUAUCCUGAAGGACAUCCUUUCACAGUCACUCUAAUUCCUGACAAGUCUCUCAAAAAUACUCCUAUGGACCAUCCUGGUAUUGUUAAGAUUAAGUUCCUCGUCUAACCUACAGGGGGACAAGUCAAGAUGCAACCUGUUGUCAAACCUUAAAGAGAUGCUAACAGUUAUCUGUAUGUCAAUUUAUUCUAGGCUCAUGAUCUGGCACCAACUGAUAUGGAUGGUCUAGCUGAUCCUGUGGUCGACAUCCUGUUUUAUGAUUAGAAACAGACUACUGCUCUGAUUAAUGACACCACUGCCCCUAUUUGGAAUGUUCAACUUAAGAUGCCAGUGUAUAAAUUCGAGAAUGAUUCGUUCCCUCCUAUUAUUUUGAAGAUAUUUGAUCAAGACAAAGUCAGUAGAGAUUUUAUGGGUCAAUUGACAAUAGAUUAUCAAAAAGGAUUGAAGCAAGGAUUUAUCACUAAGAAUCAACCCAAUAUCACCAAGCCUCAGUGGAUAGACGUAUAUCUAUACGGAAGUAAGGCAGGAUAGGUAUUGCUAUCUUGCAAUUACGUUGACAAUGUUUAGAUAAAGAUUCCGAAUUAAAUUAGUCCUCCUAGAAUUAAGCAUUUCAUUAAAAUUAAGUUGCUGGGUCUUAGAAAUCUCAAGUCAUUUGGACCUCUGCCUGUCACAAAAGCCUUUGCUAAAUUUAAUGUACAAUCAAUAAGAGCCAAAGAUGAGCCUUUGUCAUUAAAUAAUGGAAAUGAGAUCAUCACUCAACCUAAGGAUGCUGGUCCUAAUCCUAACAUAACAUCCAUCAUUUGUCUCGAGGUGAAUCUCCCUGAGGAUGAUUCGUUCAUGCCAAAAUUCAUCGGGAGUGUCCAUGAUUAUAUUCUGAAAGGAAUCAUGUAGCCUCUGAUAGGACAAUUUUCAAUAGAUUUAAAACUGUAGAAGUUAAAGACUUUGAAACAAAUCGAAGAGAAGAAGGAUAUAGCCAAGAGAGUCUUGAAUGGAACCAUUCAAGUGGAUCAAAACAUAAUUCAUUUGCCAAGUUUAGACUUGGGAGUGGGAAUCAAGAUGGGAGCAUUGUUGCAAUUAGCUUCUGGAGAGUAGUUCAAUGAGGAUAUCAAUCAUUUACUAACCUAAUUGGGAAUUCUGAAGAACAACUCAAUUCACAUGGAGCAGAUCAUUAAGUAUAUAGAGUAUGAUAAAAAUGAGGAGGAGGGAACAUUUUUCGAAAUGGAGAAACCAGAUAGCAAAUUCUACUUACCAUUAGGUUAUGAUACUUAAACUCAGAAAUCUUAGUUAUAUGUUUAGAGAAAGAAGUUUGGAGGUUAACAAAUACAAAACAAAUCAUUAAAUUAGGUUGAGCUCUAAAUAAAAUCAUCUCAAUAAGGACAACAGGGAUUGGUUAAAUCAAAUGUACACUAUCGUUUAUGUUUGCCUUGUCCUUUAGAAGACACUGUAUUUAUGCAAUAGAAGGUGUUUGACAUAUUCCCAUUAAGGAAGGGGAGUAUAAAUUUGAGGGAAGUGGAGAGUAUGGCUGAGAUCAUUUUGGGAGUGAAGGAGAAUCAACAAAGCACUGGAAAGUUGAAGGGAUGGGUGGAAGUGAUUUCGUAAUAAGAUUUGGAUAAACUGUAAGCUCAACCAGAGUUUAAGUUGAUUAAGAAUGAGUAUGAUUUUACAUCUGGAAAGAGUGAUACCAAUUUAACUGAUAAAGAGUUGGUGGUCAAAAAUUAAGUCACGAUUCGAUUGUAUGUGAUCGAUUGCUCCAAUUUACCACCUAAGGAUUAGGAUUCAAUGUCUGAUCCAUAUUUGAAAAUAAGGUUGGGUAAGGAAGCUAUAGAUGAUGUUGAAAAUAGGAUAACAGAUAAUUGUAAUCCGCAAUAUUACAAAAGAUAUGAUAUCACAACAGAGUUACCAGGAGCAUCAGAAUUAACAAUUCAAGUGUGGGACUAUGAUGAUUUCAUGCCUGAUGAGUUGAUUGGUUAAACUGUGAUUGACAUUGAAGAACGAUACUUUUAAUAGAGAUUCCGACAAUUAAAGCAAAUACCUAUCGAAACUCGUCAAUUGAUACAUCCAAGUUCCUCAAUGCCAUAAGGACAAAUUCGUUUGUUCUUGGAAAUAAUACCCUCAAAACAAACAUCACUCCUCAAGAAUCCAUGGUUUAUUGAGUAAAGACCCAAGGCAAAACAUUUCAUCAGAUGCGUUGUGUGGGAUGUGUUAGAUGUACCAUCACAUGACGAUGAAGGAAGUUCUGAUCUUUAUGUUGUAGGAUAUGUGGAUCAAAAUCAGAAAUAAAAGACAGACACUCAUUUUCGUAGUUUCAAUGGAAAGGGGUCAUUUAAUUGGAGAAUGGUAUUCCCAAUAGAAUUGCCUUAAUAAUAAUAAACUGUACUAACAUUCUAGAUUUUUGACAAAGAUAUAUUUACAUCUGAUGAUUUCAUUUCAGAUUGUUCUAUAGAUGUCACUGAUUUAUGUAGAAGGGCCUUUGAGAAUGAGACCAACAUUAAGCUGUAUUCUUAAACUGAACCACCUUCUGAUGGCAUUCUCAAGUAGGAUGCUUCAACAAAGAAAACAAACAAAGGAAUCUUGUAUGAAAGGAAUGUGAUUCAGACAAUUAAUACUGAUAAGGCAGGCUAUAAGAGUGCUCAGUAGAAUGGGAAAUUGGUGGUUUCAAUUGAAAUAGUGUCAGAAGAGUUUCACAACAAGAAUCCAGUGGGUAUGGGUAGAUCUCAACCGAAUCAUUCUCCAGUUUGUCCUGAGCCUACGGGUAGAAUAGAGUGGACUUGGAAUCCUAUCAAAAUGCUUAAUUAAUUAUUGGGUCCAAAAGCCAUACAAUACUUAUUAUUGGCCAUUUGCAUCAUGUUUGCUGGUUACAUGUUGGUGAUGCUAUUUCCAAUAAUAACUGGUAAUCUGAUGACUAGAAUAUUUACAGGUUGA